AUGGCGAGCGCCGUGCCCGGCUCACCAGCUGGCCUGCUCUCAGCUUUCAGGGAGCCCCUGAAGGGGCCGGGGCCGGGCCCGGCGGGGCUGCCCGGGCUGCUGGUCACGCCGCCCAACUCGCCGGUGCUGGAGUACUUCCCGGCCGGGGCCCCCCCCGAGGACUGCAAGCCCAAGCGCGGCCGCCGCUCGUGGGCGCGCAAGCGGACGGCCACGCACAACUGUGAAUAUCCGGGCUGCGGCAAGACCUACACCAAGAGCUCCCACCUCAAGGCGCACAUGCGGACCCACACGGGUGAGAAGCCUUACCACUGCACCUGGGAAGGCUGUGGCUGGAAAUUUGCCCGCUCCGAUGAGCUGACCCGCCACUACCGCAAGCACACAGGGCACCGGCCCUUCCAGUGCCACCUCUGCGAGCGGGCUUUCUCCCGCUCCGACCACCUCGCCCUCCACAUGAAGCGGCACAUGUGAGCAGUGGGCUGUGGCCGGACUCGAUGUCCCCGGAGCCAGCUCACAGUGUAAAUAGUGUUGGGUUGGGGAUGGCAAUGGGGAGCAGCCCGGCCUCCCAGCCCUCUCCGCUUGUAGUUGAUAACUAGUUUUCUCCUCCUGCCCCUGCUGUGAGAGCUGGGCCCAGCCGAGUGUGGGGAAGGGCUGCUUUGGGGUGUAGAUGGGGAGCAAAGCUGCAAGAAGUGUCUCCAGCUCCUGCCCAGGCAUCACCACUCAGCUCCCUGUGCCUGGAGGGUCCCCCCCCAGCCAGGUACCUGGUGAGUGGGGGGGGGGGGCUGGUGCAGCAGGGAUCUGUCCCCAGAGCUUGUAUUUGGUAUCAGCUUGACCUUCUCCCCCCAAUCCUGGCACCCCCCUGGCUCCAGGGACUGUGGUGGCUGACUCUGGCCAGGCUUUGGCCGGAGACACGUGCCCGCUGGGUGCGUGGGUCGUGGUGCUGGGGAAUGGGUUGCUGGUCUUCUCGGUUGUGGCCAUCAGAACAAACCUCCUGACCCAAAAGCCCAGAGUGGAUGGGGCAAGGGUGGGACCUGACCUUGUCUUGUGGCUAUAAAGGUUGGCAGGGGUUGGCAGCGCAGCAUCACCUUGCACAGGGAGCGGGGAUGCUCCCGUUGCCAGCUUGGGACCCUGCUGGGCAGUCCAGUCCUGGCCGUUCCCACAGUUUUCCGCUCAGGAGCCUAAAAUGGCUCUCCUGGCUCUCGUCUGCUUUCAUUUGUCUUGUUCUUCCCCUCAGGAUGACACCAGGUACUGCUGCAGCUGCCUUCCCCAUGCUGCUUUUUUUAAAUUUAGUGUGUAAAGGACAGUGAGUCCAGCUAUGAAUGCCCAGGUCUCUGCUAUACUUGAAACUUUCGUAGAGGGAAAAAAAGAGAAAACUCAAAAGAAAAUGAGUCUUUUUAUGUGCAGCUUCUGCAAAGCAAGUUGUAAAUUAAACAAAGCAGUAAUAUAUAAUGUUUCUGUUUUUUAAUAUAUUUUUUUUCUUCCAGCUGGGAACACAGAUGAGUCUCGGCUUUGGGAAGUGCACUGUUCCCGUCUGUGUAUAUUGUUAAUUAACAUUUCUCUGCUUGGGCACGUUAGGUCUCUCGCACUCCGAAAUGUUACUUUUCUUUAUAUGCAAACUGUUGAAAUAUUGUGAUCUGCUGUAUAAUAAAUAAACAAGAUGUAAACAUGAAAGAGCCAGGAGAGUUUACUUUAAAGCUUUCUUCUAAGAGGAGAGGGUGAGGCUGGGCUUGCUUGUCAGUAAAUAUUUACAUCGAUGUUCAUUUCUGCUUAAGUUAGCUGUGGAGGAUCGAUGGGGAACGCCCAAGCCUCGGCAUCUGAGCAGCAUCUCCUGUGCAACAGCUCUUGAGUCACCCCACUUCCCUGUGCCUCAGUUUCCCUAAUCUGCAGAUGGGGCAAUUGCGGCACUGGGAUGGCGUGACUGGUCCUGCGGUGAGUCAUCCCUGAGGGGAACGGCAGCUGAAACCGUACUGGGAGCCUUGCUGGUCCCGGCUUCUUCCUAAGUGGUCCUGUCCCGCUGGCCCCUGCAGUGGGAGCUCUGCAGCACCAGCCUUGUGGUCACAACCAGGAGGUCCCUGGCAGCUGUUGGAUCCUGUGUGCUGUCCCUGCUGUCCUCCUGGGGGGUGGCCCAGCAGCUUGGCGAGGUUCAGGUGCUGAGGUUUCCCUGCGUUAAUAGGUGGUGACUCAGCACAAGCGUGCUGGCAGGUCCCGAGCUCAGCAAGCAGGUCUGGCUCCAUCCCUCCCUCCCACGGCUGAUUACCCGUGAUGCACGCAUCCCUCUGAAGGCCGGGGCUUGUCUGGACCUGACACCAUGCUGGCAGCACAGGGAGCACACCGUAUGGGCUGUGCGGUGCCCUGGCCUGUGGUGGUGGUGGCUUCCUCCUCCUGUGCUCCCUGCCACAGCCUCAGGUGGCUGGCCAGGGCUGGGGGGAUGCCCUGGGGCUCCUUGCCCUGCAAAUGGAAAUGGGAUGUGGCUGUGGUGCCAACAUGGGCUGGGCUGAUCUGCUCCUUCCCUGUUUUCCUGCUUGCAGCUGCAGAGAGUGGAGCUGGAAAAAGAGAUGGGAAUGGCAGAGCGGGGCUGAUGUCCCCUUGAGGGGUGGCUCAGAGUCCUGGGGCCAGCAUGCAGCCUUGGGGUCUGCCCUGAGCAGGUACAAAAGCAUGGGUCUCUCCAGGCAGGGUGGUGGCAGCAGCUUGGGACACCAUGUCCUGCCUGCAGGCCCAGGCAUGGGACCAUGGGACUGCAUCCACAGGUGUCACAGAUCCACCAGGCUCAAUCACUUGUCCUUUCCACAGCUGCCUCCACCCUCUGCUUGCCCCACUUUCUGAGAGGUGCCUGGGUGGGGUGACUAUGCUGGGACACGAGUGACCUGUGAUGGGGUACAGGGGGUGUCUCGGUCCUGGGACACCUGGUACCCAAGGGUGAGGGUCCAACACUGGUGGGGUGGCUGGAACAAAACUGCUGCCUCUUCCCUGGAGACUUGUUCAAAACGUCACAUGGAGGGAGAGGGAGAGGGAAAGGUGUGGGCUGUUUGAAUUAGCGAUGAGUCAGGCUGGCAAAGCCAGAUGGGGAGAGUGCGUGCCUGCGUGUUUGUGUGCGUAUAAGUAAUCUCUGGCUUUGUGUUUUUAUUAUGAUUAUUAUUUUUAUUUCCAGGGGAACGAUGAAUUUCUCCAACCAUCCUGUCCCACUGGAAAGGCUGGCUCUGCUGUCCUGUCCUCCCUAAGCAUCCUGGGAGCCGGAGUGACGGUCCGCAGCUGUUUUGAGGUUCAGCUCUGAGAUCAGAGCACAAACCAGUUCUUCCUUGCCUUUCAUCAUCGCUGUGCCAGGGCGGGAGCAAGGUCCGGCUCUGCUGCUGCUGGCUUACAC